AUGCUUGAUGACCAGCUUAGCAAAGCGCUAGAUAUUCGUGAGCGGCAAGGUCGGCGCCGGCAACUAUUGCUUCAGAACCCGAAGGAGGCUGAGCGCCUGGCAAGACUUGUCGACUUUUCAUCAAACGACUAUGUAUCGCUCGCACGAAACACACGCGUUCGUGAAGCAUGGCUCAAGCGCCUACACGAUAAUGGCGAAUCAUUCGGUAGCACAGGAAGUCGACUAUUAGACGGCGACUCUUCCACGCACACGCAGCUGGAGCAGCGACUAGCAAAGUACUUCAAAGCGCCUGCAGCGUUGCUUUGUAAUACUGGUUUUGAUGCCAAUGUGUCUCUUCUUUCGACGAUACCACAGCCUGAAGAUGUCAUUCUAUAUGAUGAGCUUAUUCAUGCAAGUAUGCAUGAUGGCAUGCGGCAGUCGCGAGCCAAAGUCUGCGUGCCUUUCCAGCACAAUGACCCCGUUGAUCUUGAUCGCCAACUCUCGAGCGCACUAGGCUCCAACCUCCUUCGCGACAUUCAGGAUGGUAAGCGAAACGUGUUUCUCGCGUUAGAGAGUGUAUACAGCAUGGAUGGCACAGUAUGCGCGCUUCGAGAGCUGGCGCAUGUGUUGGAGAAACACGUUCCCUGUGCAUCCACGAGACAUAUUCUUGUGGAUGAGGCACACGGUGUUGGCGUAUAUGGACGCGGUGGGCGUGGUGUGUGUGAUGCAUUGCGAUGCACAGACUUGCCAUCAGCGCGGCUUGUCACCUUUGGAAAAGCGUUUGGUUGCUCGGGCGCCGCCCUCUUGGUGCCGAGUCUCUGGCGAGAAUACUUGCUCAACUACGCGCGCCCGCUUAUCUAUUCAACAGCACUCUCACCAGCCCAAGCCGCGGCUGUAGACGUUGUUCUUACUGCAUGGGAGCGUGGUGAGUUAGAGGAGAGCGUACAAGCUCUGCACGCACGCAUCGCUGAAUUGUACGAGUCAUUGGCACUGCCGGCCCCAACAGCAGCUUCGCUGCCGCCAGCGCCAAUUGUCCAAGUGCAAAGCAAAGAAGUAAAGAGACUCGCCGCGCAGCUACAAGAUGCUGGAUUCCUUGUUCGUGCCGUGUGUUAUCCCACAGUCCCACGCGACAAAGAACGUGUGCGUAUCUGUGUUCAUGCCCACAACACGUCCGAUGAGAUCGCUCGUCUGAGCCUCGCGGUACGUGCAGUGACUCAUGCGUCUUUGUGA